AUGUACAAUGAAGCAUUGAUUGCUAUCGAGGAUCUUUGCAUUGUCAUUGCCAACUUACCACUUAGUAAUUUCGGUAUGAAUUCGCCAAAUCGAACUGCAUCUGAUUUAAUGAAUACUGAAAUGAAUCGUGAACUGCAGUACAGUACUGUAGAAAUGGCAGCGAUUGUUGCCCGCAAUGUCCGACUAAUGAAUGAGGAACAAAGAACCAUUUAUGAUCGCAUUAUGCUCGCAGUUUCAGCUGGACAAGGUGGGUUCUUCUUUUUGGAUGCACCGGGUGGAACUGGCAAAACAUUCGUUAUUUCGCUAAUUCUUGCUGAAAUACGAUCAAAUAAUGAGAUCGCAUUGGCCGUUGCAUCAUCGGGCAUUGCAGCAACUUUAUUGGAUGGAGAAUAA